GGGAUAACGGAAGCCUACCGUUGUCCCUGGUGGAACGACAUCCGGGUAUGGGAGUAAGAGAGAAACUAGGCAUAUGAGAAGUUUGAAGCCGGAGGCGAUUGGUCAAAAAUGCCAGAGGAGAUGGCGGACGGUGGGAGAAGGCUCGUGACGAUCGAUGAUCUCAUCGAUGCAUUCGACAAGCGCGAGAGGGCGCCAAGCAAUGUCCCAAAGGUUGAGACAUUUCACUUCAAGGGGGAUCGGGUAUCUGAUUGGUUGGAUUUGACAGAGCAGGCGUUGGUGGGACUGUCAGAUGAGGUCAAGCUCCAGCGGGCCCUGAGGUACGUCCUGCAUAGUCACCAUCGGGAAGUAAGUAAGGUCGUGGACGUUACCGGUAGCAGUUGGACAAAGUUUGGGGACCUACUAAUGCGAAGGAAGUACAGGCUGGGGGAUGGACUGUUGACCAUAGCCGACUUGGAGGCCAUGAACAAGGAAGACUUUUCUACUAUUGGGGCGUUCGUGCAUGAGUCCAAGAAAAAGGCGAGGAAAGUGCACGGGAUUUCUGAGGAGGCGCAGUGCGCCACGUUUUUGGGGCUGCUUACGGGUUCGGAAGCCACGGAGCUGACAAAGUAUGGGGAAGGGAGCGCGAGGCUCACCUGGGCAACCAUUGGCAAGGGAGUGGAAGAAGGGAGCCUGGACCAGGUGGAGCAGCACCAAAUGAGGUUGCAGAGGCGCAAGAGGAAGGAAAGGGAUGCCACCGCAUCCGGGACCCCAGGGGUAAAGAGAAUUGUCACGGAUGUGUUGGCGGUAGUGGGGUAUGACAGUGAAGUGGAACUACAGAAAAAAGUGGUGGCAGUGGCCCAAGGCCGGGCGUCAGGAGUAGGAGAUGAGGAGGCUGGGCGCGAAGACUACGGUGGAGGGGAGACGGGCUCCCAAGCCCUGACUAAGGCCCAGAGGAAGCAGCGUAAUCUGCUACAGGGGGGACAAGGAUCAGGGAAAGGGCAGGCUCCCCAAGCCCUUGCCGCACCACCACCUGUCGCCGCGGCCGCGCCAGCCGGAUCGCCGCACAUGGGGCCGCCACCAACUUGCGGACACUGGGCCGCACAGACCAGGAGCCAGAGUAAGGCUACUAUGAGUGAAGGACCUAGUCAGGCACCUAGCGAAGAGAUGCCUAGGAGGGGGCCUGUGCCCGAACGAAGCAAGGAAGUGGUGGAGGUUCAAGAAGAGGAGGAUGAGAAUGAUGACGGAGAGGAUGAGAGGCUCCGCCAGGAGGAGGACCAGCGAGCCGAGCAGAGGGCCAAGAAGAGAGGGAUUCAGGGAGAGGCGGAGCCAAGCCUGCACGAUGGCGUGCCAAAAAGGAAGAAGUACGCAGUCCGGCUGGAGGAAGGUUUUGAUGUGGAGCGAAUGGUGGACAAGCUUCUGGAGGGCCAUAACGAUUUGAUGAAUCUAAAGGACAUUUUGGCAUCGGCACCAAGGCUCCGUGGCGAGCUGAAGGGGCGGCUCUCGCAAAGGUUAGUACCCAAUGUCCACCUGAGCUCAAUUCUGCCCAGGGAAAUGAAGUGGACAGAGGCGGGCACCAGGAUGGAUUGGAAAUGUGUGGCAUGUGGGAUGGUGGAUCUGAAGGUGAGAGACCAGCCGAGCAUUGCAAUGGUGGACACGGGCGCUGAAAUGAAUAUUAUUCGGGAGCGGGACGCGACCAUGUUAGGGCUGAAGGUGGACCAUUCGGACCAUGGUGUGUUGCAUGGCGCCAACUGCAAGGCCAUUUUCUGCGGCACCGCGUCUAAUGUGAUGGUGGAGAUCGGGAGGGUGAGGGCGCGAACGUGCUUCUUCGUCAUGCCCGAUGUUGAUCACCCUAUCCUUCUGGGGAGGUCGUUCCUCUGUCGAACGGAGACCUUAGUCUUCAAUAGGCAUGAGGGGACAAUGAUCCUGACCCUAUCUGAUCCGGCCUGCGGGAAUUACGAAAUCAUUAAGUGCCAGAACACAGGGCCCGGAAGUGGGAGGAACAGGCUCAACCUCGGCUCCUUUACCUUCAAGGAGUCUGAGUACGAGCGACGAAGACCUCGGGAGGAGCAGGAGGAGGAAGGAGCAGGUGAGGUGUUGUCCCUGAGCCUUAACGAUGUGAAUAAGGCAAUGGAGGUGGUGGCGGCGCAUGAUAUGGCGGACCCUGAGGCUAUAAAGGCAUUAAGGGAGCAGGUCCUGGAGAGCCCUCAAGUGGGAGAAGUGGAACUGAUCUAUCGACUUCCUUGAUAGAAAGGGGACCCUGCGAUGGCCCAGACUCGAACGACAAGUCGGCCUUUUUUUGGGAAGGGCUUAAGCAGGGCUCCCAAAG